UCUCGGUGUCAAUGGGAUAACUGAUAACCAUAGAUAAUAUUACGACAAUAUAUUUAUAUAUAUAUGUAUGUCUACAGUGAUAAGGAUAACCAACUAAUCUUAGUUCGCGGUGAUAGCGAGAGGCCGCACUUCCGCGGGACGACGUUCGAACCAUGGCCAAGUAUAUUGUGCAAAUAAUAAUCAUCGGCUCUCAAAUAGUCGGCAAGGCACUGACCAAAGCUCUCAAACAGGAAUACGCUGCAAGCCAGGAGGCUGCUCGCAGGGCUGGUGGAGGACGUGCCGGCGCAGCGCAUGCCGCGGCCAAUGCCAAGGCUGGCAUCACUUUGGAGGAGGCCAAACAGAUAUUGAACGUCCAAGAUAUGACACAAGAUGAAAUCCAGAAAAGAUAUGAGUAUUUAUUCAAAAUAAAUGACAAAUCACUAGGUGGUUCAUUUUACCUCCAGUCAAAAAUAUACAGAGCUAAAGAACGGCUAGACAAAGAAAUUUCUAAUAAAAGUGAAAAAGCGUAGAUAAUCUAGAGUAGGUGGGUAUACAACACUACAACAGGUGUCACAUUCUCAGAUCUAUUGGAUGUAUUUUAGAAGAAAGGUAGAUUGUUAAAUUUUGUAUAGUAUCAUAAUCAUUAGUUGAAGGGGAAAAGUUCAUGAUCAUAUUAUGAUCACAGUUUUUAUAAAAAUUAUAAAAUCUAAGUGCAGUAUUACCUGUAAUGUGUGGAUGAGUGAAGUUAUUAUAGGGUUCUGAAAUAUUAGAUUAAGAACCGUAAAAAAAUUAUUCACCACAUUUUUUGAAGUUGGCAACAAAUAAUUAUGCCAGUUAAAAUACAUAAUGUAUAAAGAAAAGCAGUUACUUGUAGAUGACCACAAAAGCCAUUUUAAUCUCCUCAAAUCAACAGUAUAUAAGUCUUAAAAUAGGAACGAACAUGGUAGUAUUUGUGAUGUGUAGUCAUUAAUUUCAUAUUAUUUUUGUAUAAAAAUGUAAGUAAGUACAAAAAAUACUUUUAAUAUUUGUUUAAAACUAACUUCAUUCUAAAAAUCUUUGUGUUACUCAGGAGCAAAUAACUAAAAGUAUUGUACCAUAUAUUUUAAUGUUUAAUAUAAACUUAUUCAUUGUUUGUGUUAAAGUGUAGGUACUUUUUGUGUAAAAACUAAAACGUAAUGUUUUUUUUUUUUAUAGUAAAUGAAGAAAAAUGUAUUAAUACUUUAAAUUGGAUGUUUGUAUUAUGUUUUUAUUGCUAAAUAAAUUGAGACUGUACACUA